AUGCAGGUUGAACCCCUGGAUUUGAGGCAGGCUCAGCGAGACGUGGUAAGAGCCGAGGACAUCCCCCAGAUCGCGACUCGCACCCCGGAUCUCAGGCUGGCUGCGCUGGGUUUUGUCGGAGCCUGCGCCCUCAACCUGCGCAUUUUCCGUAAUUUGGGUCGUGCCGGAUCGUCCUACGGCCCCCUCCCUGAGGCUACGGGCGCCGAAACACCAGCUACCACAAUACCAAGCUCCGUUCCUCCCGGGGUGGAUCUUGGCCCGCUCCUGAACUUCACCACUUGGUUGAUGACCGGGCUUGCAUUUGCCAUCCUUAUGCUUAGGAUAUACUGCAAAACGUCAAGGAGGCGAAGGCUUUGGUGGGAUGAUGCCAUGUUGAUCAUAGCUUGGAUAUGUCUGGCUGUGGCAGCGACCAUGACUACCGUAUCGGUGAAUUUUGGAUACGGGCGUCACCUAGACGCUAUAUCGCAGGACGACCUCAACCGGAUGCCUACCAUUGCCAACGCCGCGGGGUUUACAUCAGUGCUUGCCGCUAUGUGGAGCAAGACUUCGUUUGCGCUGACGUUGGCGCGCAUAUCGGAAGGAUGGGUGUUGCGCCUCAUCUGGGUCAUCAUCAUCUCAAUCAAUCUCAUCAUGGGCUCUAGUGCCAUCAUGGUGUGGUUCAGUAUUGACGUGCCACUAAAGAUCAAGUACUUCAUAUUUACUACCGCGUACUCUGGAGCAAUGGAUGUUGCCUUGUCUAUACUCCCUUGGAAGAUCAUCUGGCAUCUCCGCAUGACUAGGAAGGAGAAGAUGGGCGUGCUCGUCGCAAUGAGCAUGGGUGUGUUUGCCGGAGCCACGUCGUUCAUCAAAGUUAGCCAAGUGCCAAGUCUUAAUUCUCCUGAUCCAAUCGACAGCGUUCAGUUGGUCAUCUUCGGCAUCGCGGAGAGCGCCACAACCAUCAUCGCGGCGUCAAUACCCGUCCUCCGAGCUCUCAUCGGGGAGGGUAAACCUCAACACCACCAGCCUCCAUCGCCGAUCCCACUGAACCCGAUUAGUUCGAAAGCGCCACUCAGGAGACCUAGUAGCGUGGCGACGGACUAUUCCAUUCGGGACGAUGCCUCGGAAAUCUCCCAUGUUACUCACUCUCACCCUGGAGUACCUGUCAGGCCAGCGUCAAACUUGAACUAG